CUUCGGCCUGUUUUUUUGGUCAUUCACACAUUCUCUUCAACCGCUUUCCUUUGGACGCAGGGCGACCUUGCUCAAACUCUCUUUUCUUGCCUUUCAAGUGAUUCUUCUGUGAAGAUCACGUCCACUGCGAACCCCAACGCUUACGUUCUUUACCGAAAACCCUAUAUUCCGAAUCUCCAUCUAUAUCAGAAAUGCGCUUCACAACUUACUCCACCGCCAGCGUGUUGGCCGCUUUGGCCUCUGCUCAAACCUUCACUGAUUGCAACCCUAUGGAAAAGACCUGCCCCAUUGACCCUGCCAUGCCUCAGACCUGGGAGACCGACUUCACUGCUGGCAAGGAUGCUAUCAAGGGCUGGAAGCAGACUGCAGGUGACCUCACCUAUGGACCUGAGGGAGCCGCGUUUACCGUGGCCAAGAAGGGCGAUGCGCCCACUAUUGGCUCUGAAGGAUAUUUCCAUUUCGGUUACGUCGAGGUUGUCAUGAAAGCCGCUCCUGGUACCGGCAUCGUUUCUUCUAUCGUUCUUCAGUCCGACGACUUGGAUGAGGUCGACUGGGAAUGGAUUGGAGGCGUCGACAGCCGUGUGCAGAUGAACUACUUUGGCAAGGGUAACACAACAACGUACGACCGCAUGAUCGAAGCCGAUGUUGCCAACAAUCAAAAUGAGUUCCACAAAUACGCCCUAAACUGGACCUCAUCAGCCCUGACCUGGCUCAUCGACGACAAGCCUGUCCGCACCCUCAACUUUGCCGACGCAAACGGCGGCAAAAACUUUCCCCAAACCCCUUGCAACGUCCGCCUCGGCAACUGGCCCGGCGGCGACUCUACAAAUGAAGGAACCCGCCAAUGGGCCGGCGGCAAUGUAACCUACGAGAACGCCCCCUUCACCAUGACGGUCAAGAGCGUAAAAGUCACCAACUACUCACCCGGCAAAGAAUACGAAUGGACCGACAAAACCGGUAGCUUCCAAUCCAUCAAGGUCCUCGACGCCGGCAACAAAGACGGCGCCCCCAUCAACUCUACCCCCAUCACCACGCCCGUAAACGGCACCCAGCCCCCACUCGAAGCCGGCGUUGACGCCCCCGCUGCGAGCGGCGAGGCAGGCUCAGGCAGCGGAGCAGACAAAGGAGAGCCAUGCAACUGCGGAACCGCAUACGUAACCGUCACCGCGCCUCCUCCUGGCGCCUCUGCUCCCCCCGCCACCACCGCGCCUCCAGCCACCAUCACAUCCUCUUACCCCGCCGUACCCAUCGAGAGCGCAAAGAGCAUGCUGUCCUCUAUCCUUGACGCCUCUUCUUCCGCUGGCCUGGCAAUCGAUACCAGGUCCGCGCCUGGUGUACCCAUGCCUACCGCGCCCACGGGUGCCAUCCCACUGCCGCAAACUAACGGCACCGGAACGGCGGUUGCGCCACCGCAGUUUACGGGUGCCGCCAAUAAGGUUGUCGGUGCGGGAGCCUUGCUUGGCGCCGUUGUCGGGGCUAUGGUGCUUGUCUUGUAAGUAAACAUUUGAGCAGGACGAGGUAAGGGCGGGGGUGGGGAUUGUACGUGAGAAUAUGGUUGAUGUAGAAUUCUGGUUUUUUUCUUUUGGAUAUAUAUAUAGAGAGAGAGAAACUUACGCUCGUUACUUUUAACUUAUUUUGUAAAUACUUAAUUUUCGAUGAAGGGGGUCCUCCUUUUUUUGAGGCUGAUUUUAUGUGGUCUCAAGCUUUUU